GUUCUUUGGUUUACACCUUCGAAAAACGGAUAUUGAACACAAUUUUAAAUCCACAUUUACAAUAUUUAUCAUAUUAAGUAAAAGCCGGCUUUCAAUCAGUUUGUUUCCUGUGUCGUGUUUAGUGGCUUUACGGUAACUGCGAGAUCCCGCAUGGCUGCCCCCUUGAAAUCUAUGAUGAUUACAUGCGCGAGCUAGCUUGCUACCACACUAGAAUAUUCUCGUAUGUUCUUGUACAGUAUUAAAGGGUAGCAUAAUAAGAACCAACUUCUAAAUUGUGACGGUUGGCGGCUUAAAAAACACGGAGAUAUCGGAGACACACAAGAAGCAUCAUGGCCGAAGACCAGCGUAACAGAAGACAUCCCCAAAAUCUCCAGGGUGUCCUUCGAUUGGCCGUAGAGGCUGGCUCUGCCGCAGAUGGACCCGCUCCCCUGGAACCAAUGUCAGAGGAGAGGAAAGAAUGGUUGAGAGGGGCUCUUGCAGAAGUAGCCAAAGGACAGAUCAGCGAAGUGGAGCAGAUGAAAGAGUGUAUGCGUGUCCUGCUGAGAGAUGGAGGCUGUGAGAGGGGGAGGGAGGGAGAGGAAGAUGGAGUGGAUGAAGAGGAAGGCGAAACAGAGCAGGCACUGGAAUUUCUCUCAGAGCUGUGUGAAAAUCUGGACAAUGCCAGAGACCUGAUGACCCUGGGUGGGCUGGACCUGUGUAUGUCCCAGUGCUUGAACCAUCCCCAAGGCAGUGUCAGGUGGCGUGCUGCCCAGCUCAUUGCGUGCUGUGCCCAGAACAUGCCCGAGGUGCAGUGUCACCUGGUCGGUCAGGGGGCUCUGCCCAAACUGCUGCAGCUGACCGACUCGGAUCCCCACCCCACCGUCCGAGUCAAGUCACUCUACGCCGUCUCAUGUCUGGUGCGUGAGCAGGAAGUAGGGCUCAGGGCCUUCCUGUCCCAUGACGGCUUCUCAGUGCUGAUGAGAGGCAUGCAGUCUGACAACGAGAAGUUGAGGACCAAGUCUGCUUUCCUACUCCUCAACCUGCUGACAGCCCACCCAGUACACAAAGAUACAGUCAUCUCCAUGGGCAUGGUGCAACAGCUAGUCGCCAUUCUUCGCACUCCUCACUCCCACUUCCAUGAACACGUGCUCGGCGCCCUCUGCUGCCUGGUGGAGGAGAGUCCUUUGGGUCUGAGGGACUGUCGGAGCCCCACUCUCGGUCUGGAAGACUUACUCAGCCAACGGGCCAAUGAGCUGCAGGGGAGAGAGGAGUGUCAGGAGGAGUUGGAGUACUGCAAGCGCUUGCACUCUUCCUGUUUUCAGGCACGGCAACCCGACGACAACGCAAUGGAUCGCUGAAAUCCUCUUCGGUCCAUCCGCCACUGGCUAAGACUUUUCAUUAUUUUAAAUGAAUUAACUGUCAAUGAAGACAAUAUGCUAAAGUCGCUGUCUGUCAAUUCAGUGGUUUUACCAUUUACCCAGAAAAAUAUUAAUAAAUCCAUGUUGGUUACUCCACUUUGCAGAAAAAUGCAUGCCAAUUUUCUCCAUGGCUGUCGAUGAACGCUAAUUUUUAUUUUGUAUUGUUUUGAAACCACUAUAUCACUGAUGUCCACCCAUAUCACAUCACAUGGUUCUUGGAUGCAGAAGUGUAGUGGGCUUUAGAGAGCCUUAUUCGAACUUCAGCUAUAUCUUGUUUUUUGAGGUACACCUGUUUCACAUCUAAAUGGCUUUGUGUUCUCUAUCUGCAAGCUCAUUCAUUCCUGUUGACCAUUUGUUAAUGAUAAAGUUAUUCAUUUUUUAAAUAUUUUGGUUAGCAGAUCAGGCUUGGAAGCAAUAUUUUGACCUUUAUGUUGGGUGUGCCUAACUAAACCUCAUAGUCCAUACAUAAUUUAUAUAAGAUGUAGCAUUUAUUUAAACAGAGCCAUAAGAUAACUCUAUUUUACAGCUUCAUCACCACCAAUAUUGUAUGAUAAUAUUGCAUUACUUGAUAGUUGUUUCCUGGAAGUCAUUACAGUGACUGCUAAGUGACUAAAAACAAGUUAAUGAAUGAAUAAUAAUAGCUCUAUGUUAAACUUCAUUGAACAAAACUUCAUUUUGAGGAAACACCAGGUAAUUAGGCUGUAAAAUAAAGGUUUGUCAUUUUAGUAACUCAGUUCUCAUAAUUUGUUUGUUUUAUGAGAAACCACAGAAGAUAAAAACAUUUUUUGAUACUGUUUUGCUUUGUUUCCCUUCAGAAUGUUAGUCAGUUAAGGUUUUUUCUGUGUUUGUGUCUAAUGAUAAUGAAUGACUUGUGCAGAGAGCUUGCAUCUUAAAUAAUAUUCAGUAUGUUACUGUAUAGCAUUUUAUGAAACCAACUUUAUUUUUCAUCAUUUUCAUUAUGAAUAAAUACACAUUAUAAA